UCCAAGUCAGACAGACAGAAUCCAGUUACGUUCCAUUCAUACCAAAGAGUCUUUUUCUUUAGGCCAUGUCUUGAAAUGUUGAUCUGCGAAAUCUCUGCAAGUGGCAUGCUUAAUUAAUCUGGAGAAGUUUCGGGGCUCUAUGCCAGACUGCUGCUAUUCUCUCAAGAGUCACGAUGGCAUCCUCUACCAGCCAGCUGCCUGAAGUUCAAAGUGUUGUUGCUUUAGUGAAAACUCUGACUAAUGCACAGCUCAAAGAUAUACUGCGAAAUGAAGGGCUAGCUGUCUCUGGCGUCAAGGCCUCGUUACAGCUCCGAAUUAUUGAAUACAUUGAAGGCCUUAUUCGAGCAGGAAAGUCUGAGCGCUAUGAUGCACUAAGACGAUUCAUCUACAGCACUGCGCAGCGCUUGAUACCUUCGACACAGUUACAACCACCAAGUCAUCCUCAGUACCAAUCACAUGCAGUCAUGAAUGCUCAAAAUAAACAACAUUCGUUCCACCUACAAACAGCAGCUCAUUCAUUUGCAGGUGGCCGCUUGAUGUUCAAAGACAGUCCUUUCUAUACAAUCAUACAACCUUUGACGUCAACUGUCGAAUGUAAAGUACGCGAACAAACCAGAGACAGCGUGCAUCUUCGCGUAAUCCUUACGCCGGAUAUAACCGCAGAUCUACAGAAGAACCAAAACAUUCGGAUAAUGUUCUAUUGCACUUCAGAAACAGGCCUCAACCAGUACACCAAAUCUGAUAUUGCCUUUCCCAACCAAGUUGAACUCAAAGCAAAUCUCGAUGACGUCAAGGCCAAUUUAAGGGGAUUAAAAAAUAAGGCGGGCACGACACAGCCGGCGGAUAUAACGAACUACAUCCGUAAGAAGCCAGGGUAUACGAAUGAUGUUGUUAUGACCUAUGCCCUCACACAGAAGAGAUUUUUUGUGCUUGUGAAUCUCGUUCAGCAGCAUCCAGUAGAGGAGCUGGUCAAUCAACUGAAGGCGAGAAAAACGAUUUCAAAAGAACAGGUUCUUCGGGAGAUGCAAAAUAAAGCUAACGAUUCUGAAAUCAUUACUACCUCGAGUGUUAUGUCGCUGAAAUGCCCGCUGUCUACACUUCGUAUUGAAAACCCAUGUCGUUCCACUGUCUGCACUCACAAUCAGUGUUUUGAUGCGUCGUCUUUUUUACAGCUUCAGCAACAGGCACCGACGUGGACAUGUCCCGUUUGCUCCAAGGCGACAAGCUUCGAGUCUCUGCAAAUUGAUCAGUAUGUGGACGAUAUUCUUGUUUCCACGCCAAAUGACGUGGAUCAGGUCAUCAUAGAGCCGGAUGGUAGGUGGUUAAGUCCUAAAGGCCUAGGAUCAGGAGUCGGGGGAAUUACUCCUACAACAGAUGACGAUGACGAGUUGAUCGAGAUAAACCAGCCUGUGACUCCCCUCGUGAAACAAGAACCAUCGUCAAUAAAAAUUAAUAUACAGAGAACACCUUCACAGUCUAGAGAACCAUCAGCAACGUCAUCUGCUGCACGCUUGAUGACCAACAAGCGGCCCAUAUCACAAGUCAUAGAUCUUACUGGGAGUGAUGAUGAUGAUGAUGAGUUACCCGUGAGGCCUAUGAAGCGACCUGCUCUCGGCGGGGUAGGAAGGGACUCACUUCAGCCAGAAAACUUCGAUCCUUUCACUUCAAUCAAUGGAGGUCAUUAUGAGUUCAUGGGCCUGAAUCAUUUUCAACCGCAGAGCCCGUCUGGUGGCCAUGAGGCAUGACUUCAACGAUUCAUAGAUACGUGGCGUUUGGGUGUUUAUAGGCUGGCUUUCAUGAUAACCUCGGCAUUGGGUGGAUAUCUACUGGCCUAUUUGAUAGGAAUAUUAUUCAAGAGAAGUUUUUCUGCAUCAUCUUCCUUGAUGCAACAAAUACUCUCCUUUUGAAGUAGGAACUUUGGUUGUAACAUAUCUCCCGGAGUAUGGAAAUAGUCGUUUGAAGAAAACAGCGUGCAUAAAUUAGACAUGGAAGUAUUUCUGAACGACGCCUUAAUUAGCCAAAGA